AUGGCACCGGCCUGCCCGGCUUUCCCGGCGCAAAAAUUGCCCGCCCUGGUGCAAGUCGGCCCAGAUGGCAAAGUCCGGAAGACGGAAGACGGCCACCGAAUCGACUUGUUGAGGGAUUGCGAACUAUUUGGUCUACUGCAGUAUGAGUGCGUCGUGCCGCGUCCGGAGUUGGCCGGCAGCCCGGUGCAGUGCUGGCCCGUCCAGCGGUGGUUCCGCAGAUGCCAGGACAAAAAAGGCAGCUUCACGGCGGAGACAACCACGUGGGAAGGAACAGCUCUGGCC